UGUUGAGUUGGCAUCGUAGGUGUAAAUCUGAGGGCUAAAUGUUGUAUAAUAAGCUGAUGCAGUAGCUUGCUUGCUUCACAAGGUGAUUGAAGCAAAAUGACACUACGAAAAGUGAACGUGGUGAUCCUGGUGCUUCUCUCAAUCGCCUUUUUAAUCAUCGUGCACCGCAAUUUGCUCAACCUCAGUGAUUUUCUAAAACAAGACAGUUCAGAUGCAGCUUCAGGUGCAAUUCUGCCAUUUGAGAGUGGAUUCUUUACCGAUCGUAAAGUCAGGACGGGCAACGAGAUCCCUGUGGUGAUCACAGCUGCUGAAGAAAGGCUGGGUGCCACUGUCACUGCCAUGAACAGUCUGAUCCGAAACAGCAAAGCCAGUGUUGUUUUCAACAUUGUAACACUCAAUGAGUCAGUUGGGCAUCUCAGGACUUGGUUAAGUAAGACAGACAUCAAGCACAAGAUCAUCACCUUCGAACCAAAGAUCCUGGAGGGCAAAAUCUCCUCAGAUCCCCAGCAGAUAGAUUUAGUGAAACCGCUAACGUUUGCCAGAUUCUACAUGCCAACUUUCCUACCUGAUGCAGAGAAAGCUAUUUACCUGGACGAUGACGUGAUCGUACAAGGAGAUAUCCAGGAACUGUUUGAAACAAGCCUGAAGGCUGGACAUGCAGCUGCUUUUUCAGAAGACUGUGAUUCUGCUUCCACCAAAGGCAUUGUUAGAGGAGCUGGAAACCAGAACAAUUAUCUUGGCUUUCUGGACUUUAAAAAGGAGGCGGUGAGGAAACUGGGAAUGCGAGCCAACACGUGCUCCUUCAACCCCGGAGUGAUGGUGGCAAACUUAACCGAAUGGAAACAUCAAAACAUCACGCAGCAGCUGGAACUGUUGAUGGAGCGCAAUGUCAAGGAGGAUCUGUACAGCAAAACACUAGCGGAUAGCUUCACCACACCCCCCCUUCUGAUCGUCUUCUACAAACGCCACUCCAGCAUCGACCCCAUGUGGCACAUCAGGCAUCUCGGAGCUACUGGAGCUGGAAAUCGGUACUCGCCACAAUUCAUCAAAGCUGCCAAGCUCCUCCACUGGAACGGACACUACAAGCCCUGGGGAAGAGCCUCGUCCUUCACUGAGGUCUGGGACAAGUGGUACAUUCCAGAUCCUACUGGUAAAUUUCAUCCCAUCAGGAAACACUCAGAGGACAAAUAAGAUGGAAGUCUGACCACCAGGAUGCUUCAAAACGAAUGAAUUUUUAAGCACAGUGUAUGUUGUUACAGUAAAUAAUGUGCACUGAGCAGUAUGAGGGGUUUUACAGCUUUUUUCUCAGUGAAACAUGGCUGUCUUUCUAAAAAAUGAGAUGCCUUUAACAUUCACAAGUGUAUUAAAUACAGAUUUGGACAAAGGGAUGAGGAUAUAGCAAAGACGGAUUUAUUAUAGUAUAUAGAAAUUGAAAAUAGCAGCGCCACUGUUCGACUUUCCUCACAUCUGACAUUUAAAUCACUAAGAAAUGAUGAUACCAUAGCUGAACAUUUUAGCAGCAGAACGUUAAUGACUGAUAUAAGAUAUAAUAAUAAUAAUAAUCUAAGAAAAACUGAAGCAAGAUAGCGAUUCUAAAAUCCCACUGGUUUUUACCUUAGAUUCAAAAUAAUGUAUCAGUGGUGAGCUGCUCUGUGUUUAGGUUACGUACACAAAAUCCAUUAUGGUAUAAUUCAACAGGUUUGGCUGUUACAAAAAUAAGUGUCCCAGAAUGAUGUCUAUACAUUUAAUGGUUUCGCCAUACUAUUAAAGAGCACUCACUCGUAUUUUGGCUGGUUCCCAAACUAUAAAACAAAAUAUUUGCAGCUGCUGCUUUUAAAUUGGCACUCUGAUACCAAAAUCCCACUUGUUUCUGACAAAUGUAUGCACACUCAGCUACCUGGCCUGUUAUUAUGGGAUGGCAGGUGUUAAUACAGUCAUAGGUGGUGGUAUUUUUAAUGUGGGUGGAGAUUUACGAUGAGUUUUUUUGGUAAUUCUUGAACAUUAACACUACAUAUUCUACAUAGACAAAGGCUUGGUCGAGAACUUGAAACAGCAUAUGUAUUUUAUCAUCACUUAUAUCAACCACUUGUUUAGACAUCCCACAUAGAAGAGAAUCACUAAAAAGCUACCUCAGUCCUCAAUGUGCAUGUUAUAAAAGGCCCAGCAUUAUUAUAGGAAAUCUUUUCUCUCUCUUUAUUCCACUGUUACGGAAGACGUACUGCAGUGAUAAUUCAGUAAGCUACACUGGGACCUGUUUUUAAACCAUUUGUAACUUGAUGCCUCGUUUCAUUUGGCUUUCCAAGCACGUUACACAACCACAGAGGGAUUUUUUUUCAUUACCUUCCGAUUUUCCGUUAGUAUAAAUGUAAAACCUGCAUGUUUUGUGUCCUCGCCGAUUCUACCAAGCAUCUGUUUUGCUUUUGUAUAACAUUUAUAACAGCUACAGCUUCAAUGUUACUGAUAACGUGAACCAAUUUGUAUAUAUAUGAAAUAAAG